AUGAGUCCUGACCCAGAGGGCGGUCGUUCCAAGCGGAAGAAGAAUGCGCCACCAUGGUUGGCGGAAGCAUACCAAUACCCGGAGAAGAAGAAGAAAGUGGGACGCGUUCAGGAGCCCAAGCGGCGCAAGACCAGCACUGUGAAGAGUGGCAAGGAGGAUAAGGGGGCGGAGCAUAUCGAAGAGACCCAAGAAUUGCCGCUGCAGAUAUGUACCGCCAAUGUUGUCGGGGCCGUCGACGCGGAGGCAGCCUCAACGCCCAUUGUCGAGAGCGCACCCCCUGUGGAGGACGACACCGAGGCCGUGAAGGAACGCUUGAUUGACGAGUUAAUGGAAGGCGAAGAGGAGGGCGACGAGGAGGGGCACGCUGGUGGUCAGUCGUCAAGCAACGACCCGUGUGGCGAAGACGGAUCAGAGGAAGAGCACGCCCCGAAAGUGGCAUCUUCGAGGAAGCGGAAAGAAGCAACCGGUGGCCACGUCACACGUGAGGAGUUUGAGGAGUUGCGUGAGUCACAGAAUGGUACCGCGAAGACUAUGGCUCGUCUCGAGACACACGUUUUAACUCUCAUUGCCCUUGGCGAAAGGCGCAAGCGCAAGCGGGCUUCUCCUGGUGCGGCAGCCUCGCUUGGCAGGGAAGCUCUGAGGCGGAAACGCCUGUCAGAUGAUGACGAGGAAUCCACGUGCGAUGAAGACGAGUUGCCUUCGAAAGUGGCGAGGCAUAUGACUACCGACAAGUCGCCAGUGCUCCAAAGCGCCCUUGAUAUCCUUCCCGCAGAGAAGGCUUGGAAGGGUGUUUGCGACCUGGUAAAGGAUCAUCUGUUUCUAGAAGCCCCGAACGAGAAUAUGGAGUUCUAUCCGAGCCGCGACGCCAAGAACGCCGGCGUCUGCCAUGUCAUGUCCACCAUUCCUCCCAAAACUGCGACACUGGCGUUAGACGCGGAUAAGUCUCGGAGGCAGGAUCUGAACAAGACCUUGUCAGAGUACAAAACAGGGUUGGCGGGUCGCGCUCGGGGAGUUUUUCUUCCCCGGAUGGGUCUCUUCCGUGACGACGAGGACCGAGCCAGUCCUUGGGCUCGUAAGAAGGAGCGCACUGGAGAGCGUGCCCGAAAAAGAUAUGGCGUUCCCGCCACGGACGAUGCUGAACCUGCCUUGUGCAAUUGGCACAUCAGCAAGGAAGGACUGCCCUUUGCUUCCGGAGCGUUCUCGGCAUGUACCAUUGCGGCGUUCGGAGGGAAGCGGUCCGACAAAGAAACAACUCUGAAGCUGUACCACAUGUCGUGGCUCGAGCACCUGAUCACGGACGCCAUUAUCAACUGGGAGACUUGCAAGGGGAAACUCCACAACUCUCCGUGCGAUAACGGCGAUUCUGUGCGCCGGAUUCAGAAGCUGGCCUUUGAUUCAAUUGCAGAUGCCGUGUGCGGGAAUGAAGUGGCCUACGAUGAGGAAAAGAAGUCCUGGAAGUGGGGCAGGCAUGGGCUCCGUCUAUCAUGUUGCGGCCUGGAAUGCCUCCUGGAAGACGAUGCAUCCUCCGAAGACGAUCAGCAGGAGUCCGAUGAGUCUGACGAGUCAGAGAGUGAAUCCGAUGCGUGA